GCGGACCAAUAGGCGGCGGCUUGAGGGGCCGGAAGUGAAGCUUUCCCGCCCCCCCGGUCGGCUUGUGACGUCAGAGGCGCCAUGGCCAGCUAUCCGUACGGCCAGGGUUACCCAGGAUCUGCCGGACAGGCCCCCGGUGCUCCCCAAGGCAGCUACUACCCGGGGCAUCCGCACUCCGGGGGGCAAUAUGGAGGGGGACUACCACCCGGCAGCUCGUACGGAGGCCCUGCCCCCGGAGGGCCCUACGGACCACCGACUGGCGGAGGGGCAUAUGGGCACCCAGCCCCAGGAGGCCUGCCCAUGGGGGCCCCCGGGGGACCUUACGGAGGUGCUGCUCCAGGCGGCCCCUACGGGCAGCCAGCCACAAAUCCAUAUGGGGCCCCUCAGCCUGGUCCCUACGCACAGGGCCCACCCGCUGGCAGCAUCCCUCCCGGCGUGGACCCGGAAGCCUUUUCCUGGUUCCAGACCGUAGACACGGACCGCAGUGGCUACAUCUCCAUGAAGGAGCUGAAACAGGCCCUAGUCAACUCCAACUGGUCUUCGUUCAACGAUGAGACCUGCCUCUUGAUGAUAAACAUGUUUGACAAGACCAAAUCCGGGCGGAUCGACCUAUUCGGUUUCUCGGCCCUGUGGCGGUUCAUCCAGCAGUGGAAGGGCCUCUUCCAACAGUACGACCGGGACCGCUCCGGCUCCAUCAACUACAGCGAGUUGCACCAAGCUCUGUCCCAGAUGGGCUACAACUUGAGCCCCCAGUUUACCCAGCUCCUGUUAUCCCGGUACUGCCCCCGGGCCGCCAACCCCACCAUCCAGCUGGACCGCUUCAUCCACAUCUGCACCCAGCUCCAGGUGCUGACCGAGGCCUUCCGGGAGAAAGACACGAGCAUGCAGGGGAGCGUCCGGCUCAGCUUUGAAGACUUCGUCACCAUGACCGUGUCCCGCGUGCUGUGAUCCUGCCGCACCGGGCGCCCUCCCCAAAAAUGGAAGUAGAAUCCCCCUGUGCUCACGCAGUACCGUCCUCCCAGGUGUGCGUGGUGGACCGGACCCGGGACGGGACUGGGCGGGUGAGAAUCGAAUCAGCGAGGAGGCGCCGAGCUGGAAUCCCAGUGCCCCCGCCACCCCCUCCAUUUUGGGGCUCAGGGAAGCCAACCCAUCGAUCCCACCCCCACUUCCUUCCCUCCAGGCCACUCAAGGCACCAGCUAUGCUUACGCUCACCCCAGAGUGAGUUCCUGGGGCCUCUUGCCGAGGAUGGUGCCAGACGCCAACAUAUUUCUCUUUGGGCCCAAGCUGCCCACGCCAGUGAGAGCAGAUGUUUAGUUCCUCCAAAAGCAGAAACUACGCCAAGGGAGAAAGUGGUGCAUGGAGCCAGCAAAUAGGAGUUUGCACAGGGUCAUGCUCCCACGACCUCUGCCCGCCUGUGCCAGGGCAAGACCAGCCAUCCCUGUUUUGGUACGGGACCUGGUUACUCUGGGGCAGGGGCCGACCAGACCCCCGUCAGCCCCAACACCUCACUCCACCGACCAGAUGCCUCCUUACUGCCAUUGUAUCCGUUUUCACCUAAAGGGCCAAACCUAUGUGGUUGUAAGCUUCAAUAAAGGGGUUCUACCUCA